UAAAACACAUUGAUUCUUUGUAAAGAACGCAAACGAACCAAGUUUAUCAAGUUAAUUUUCAGUUGAAACUAAGCUUUUUAACAGACAUUGCUAUUGAUUUGAUAGCCAUAAAUUUAUUUUAUUAAUUUGUCUUUUUACUUUAAUUUCAGACAAAAAUCACAAUGAAGUUGAUUUUAUUGUUAUAUCUUGUGUGCCAUCUAACUCUCAUCAAAGCUUCUCCCCAUCCACGUCCAAUUAAUUUCGGUUCCGUUGGAAAUGUCUUCUCAUCCUCACGAGAUAUUGGUGUUGGUAUUGUUAGCAAUGCAGGAAAUUUCCUGCCAACACCCAAAGGCUUAUUCGAAUCUGGCAAGAACGUAAUAGCUGGUUAUCCAUUUGAAUUUGUCUCAUCAUCAAUUAAUGCAAUUUGCUCAGCAGCAGUAUCAACAAAUGCAGUUAUUCCCAAAAUAACCCCUGACAUCAAUAAAAUGCAAUUCCAACUACGAACGCCAUGCAAAAAGUACAGUUUCCCCUUGAUGCAUGCCAAUGAGAUGUGGAAGAGUCCCGAAUUCGAUAAGACUAAGAAAACAGUGAUCUUAGCCACUGGCUGGACAACAACUGUCAACGAAACGGACACAAUUUCCCAAAUGGCUCAAGCCUAUCAUUGUCGAGGCGAUGUUAACUUUAUUGCGGUUGAUGUUGCAUCGUAUGUGGACACUUUAUACACAUGGUCGGCAUUGAACACGGAGGAAAUCGGUGAAAAUAUAGGAAAGGGUCUGGUGCAACUGAGUGAGAUAAUUCCGCUGGAAAACAUUCAUUUGAUUGGACAUAGUUUGGGAGCACAUAUUGUCGGUGCAGCCGGACGUACAUUCAAUUACCUUACCGGUAAGCAAAUACCACGCAUCACAGGCCUGGACCCAGCCAAGCCGUGUUUCAAUGAGGGCGAGAAUUUAUCGGGACUGUUGCGUGGCGAUGCCGAUUUCAUAGACGUCAUUCAUAGUAAUCCAGGUGUGUUGGGUAAGAGGGAUCCCAUGGGGGAUGUGGAUUUCUAUCCAGGUGGGUUGGAUCCGUUGCCCAGCGGAUGUCUGUCGGUUGUGUGUGCUCAUGAGCGUGCUUGGCUGUACUAUACGGAAUCGGUUUAUCCCGGGAAUGAGAAUAAUUUUAUGGCGGUGCGUUGUAGCUCAUUAACGAGAUUAAAAAACAAUAAAUGUCCGGGUCGAUCAUAUCCCAUGGGAUAUGCUUCACCGAAAUAUUUGAAGGGAAAUUACUUCCUGGAUGUGAAUGGUGCAGCUCCGUUUGGCAUGGACGGAAAUAAGGCUAGAGAUGAGCGAAAGCAGGAUUGCGGAUUGUGCCGCAAUAAUGGUGGGAGUUAAGUUAAAAUUGAAAAAUUACAGUAGGUUGUUAUAAAUAUUGUAUGUGUAGUAGUGUUUGCAUUGUUUAUAAUAUUUACAUUUUACUGGACGAAAAAUAAAGGAAAUAUUUUGAUUAAUUAGCAAAUAA